UUACAGCUGGGGGGGCUCCGCUGGGCGAAGUGAUUUCGGGUGUAUCCUCAGCUGAUCUGGCUCUGCACAUUUUGAAGGUAUUUUCCUAUCGUUUUGGGAUUAAAUAUCAUUUCUGGUUGAGAAGCGCAAUAGACGCAGAAGAGUAUGUGUUCCCGUUUGCUGCUGUUAGAGAAGCAGCACUGCAGCAGGGCUUAUCUUGCUGUCUCUCUUUGUCUUUUCCGCGCUUGCUGCAUGUUGCUGCUUCUUCUGCUGCUGCUGCAGCUGCAGCAGCAGCAGAUCCGCAGCUGCAGCAAGAUACUAUUGCUUGGCUUAACAGCCGCAAAAAGAAAAAUGCUGCACUGACACCGCAGCAAGAAGCAGCAUUUGCUCUGUAUAAAAUCUUCUCAUUUGUUAAGACAGGCGUCACCGACAACCACCACCAGCAGCAGCAGCAGCAGCAGCAGGAACAGCAGCAGGAACAGCAGCAGCAGGAACAGCAACAGCAGCAACAGGAACAGCAGGACUUUCAGCUACAGCAGCAGCAACCGCACCAGCAACAACAACAGCAGCAGCAACAGCAGCAGCACCUGCUGCAGCAACAGCAACAGCACCAGCAGCAGCUGCAGCAGCUGCAGCACGAAGAAGAAAUCUUCUCAAUUUAA